AUGGACCUUCCUUCAAACCUCAAGUCAGACGAGGCGAGCCCGGAAUGGAUGAACAAGGGCGACAACGCGUGGCAAGUAACUGCUGCCACGCUUGUCGGCCUUCAAUGCGUUCCGGGACUCGUGAUUUUCUACGGAGGCAUGGUGAAAAAAAAAUGGGCCAUAAACUCAGCCUUCAUGGCCCUCUACGCAUUUGCAGCAGUUUUAAUCUGUUGGGUAGGUUGGGGUUUCCGUAUGGCUUUCGGUGACAAAUUUCAAGUCUUCAUAGGCAAACCAGACGUUUCUUUAGACCAAAAGUUUCUCUUAGGACAAGCAUUUCUGGGCUAUUUUCCGACGGCGACAAUGGUGUUUUUUCAGUUUGUUUUCGCUGCAAUUACGCCGAUUUUGAUCGGAGGGGCACUUCUGGGGAGGAUGAAUUUUAUUGCGUGGAUGUUGUUUGUGCCUCUGUGGCAUACGUUUUCUUAUACGAUCGGAGCUUAUAGUAUAUGGUGCCCGGAAGGGUGGCUGGCGAAGCUUGGAGUUAUUGAUUUUGCAGGAGGGUAUGUUAUUCAUCUCUCUUCUGGUGUUGCUGGAUUCACUGCAGCUUAUUGG